GAGUUGGUGAUGCAUCAAUUGCUACAAAAGAUGGGAAGAUUCGUGGUAUAUCAAGUAUCACCUCACAAGCCAUGGAAGCGAAGUCGAUUAUGGUGUGAUGAGGAGUCAUUCAAAGUGUUGAAACAAAAAAAGGAUAUGAGAAAUCUUCUAGGACUUGCCUUAGACAUGCGAAGGCUUGAGAAAGCUGAGAAGUUAAGUGCAUCAUUUGAGCUGAAAACAGAUGUAUUGAGUAACAUGGAUAGUCUCAUUCUACUACAACUCAAUUUUUUGCAACUUAGUGGGUCUUAUGCGAAUUUUCCAGAAGAUUUAAAUUGGUUGUGUAUGCAUGGAUCCCCUUUAAAGUCUAUACCUCUCGACUUACCAAUGGAGAAUUUGGUUUCCUUAGACAUGUCAUAUAGCAAUAUUAUUGAAUCAUUUGACAUUUGUUAUAGUUAUCCACAACAAGUUCAGAAGAAGCAAAAGUUGGAUGGAUCAUGCUUAAAAGAUAAAAGGUUGCUUGGAGCAUUAAAGAUUCUUAACCUAAGUUUCUGUGAACAACUUCGUAGUCUUGGUGGCUUUGACCAACUCCCUGCACUUGAAAAGCUAAUAGUUACAAACUGCAUCAAUUUGGUUGAAGUUUGUGAAUCUAUUGAGCAAUGCUUUGAACUUGUCCUCAUUGAUUUUAGCUACUGCAAAAAGCUUAGAGAACUUCCAAGAAACAUGAGCAUGUUAAAGAAGGUUAAAAUGUUAUUGCUAAAAGGUUGUAAUCUCGGUGAAUCUCAAAUCAAUACUAGGGAUAUGGAUUCAUCAGAAAAGCUAAAGACUACUAACCUUGGCAUAAACACAAUAACCACUUACUCUGUAGUUCAGCAUGCCAUACCAAGUGAUUUGAAGUUCUUAACGGUUUCUUUACCGAGAUCUUUAGUCAGCUUAGCACUUCAGAAUAACAAAUUGUCCACAGAAUCCUUUCCCAUCGACUUCAGUUCCCUAUUUAUGUUAGAAGAAUUAUAUUUAGAUGACAAUCCUAUAGUUUCCCUGCCCAGUUGUGUGAGAAGCCUUCCUAGGAUUAAGAUACUUAGCAUGCAAAACUGUGAAAAGCUGGUGUCACUCGAGAACCCUCCACAUACACUUAGAGAGUUGAUGCUUGUUUCUGAUUAUAGGCCUGCACUACGAAAAGUUUUAUUUAAUCACAAUAUGUCCCCACUCAAGUUUUAUAUAGAGUGGAGAAUGUUUGCCCCUUCAUCAUUUGAAAUUGAAGGUGUGGUAAAAAUCCAACCAAUGACAAGUGUUGAGAAAAUGUUAUUACGUUGUUUAGGUUGGAUUGAGCUAAACUUUCUUAAGGAAAGACACUUAAGAACUGAUAGUGUGUCUAGAGGAAUAGAGGAAUCUGAAAUCCAGAUGUAUUACGAAUUUGGAAUAUUCAGCACAAUUUCUGAAGGCAAAGAGAUGCCGAAUUGGAUUACGGAUAGAAGCCAGGGGACAUCAAUAUCAUUUACCAUCCCAUCAUCUUCUAAAAAGCUCAUAGGCUUGAAUUUCUGCUUUGUGAAUACGUUGCAAAUUGGAGAAGGUGACUCCAUAUAUACACCAAUGAUAAAAAUUAGUAAUAUAACAAAGAACCUAGUCUGGAUAUACCAGCACUACAUUGACGAUGUUGAUGGCGGGUGUUUGAUGUUUUUAAGCCAUUGGAUGUUUGGGAUGAAUGAGAUGGAAGGUGGUGACCAUGUUACUAUUACCAUGAGUAAGAAACCAUAUGAUAGAACUAGUCAAGUGGCAAUAGAAUGUGGGGUUAGUUUUGUGUAUGAUGAUGGAAUUACGGAUGAAGAAAAACUUUCUUUGAGUUAUUACAAGUCAUGGAAUCACAUCAUUGGUAGAGAUCUCACUGGAUUUCAAUUAACAACCGGAGAAUACCUCCUAAGCAUGGAGCGAUUUAUGAUUCAUGUUGAUGACUUGUUAAUAUGGGAUCGUCACCUUGUUGGAGAUGGUGCCCGGUUUAAAGAUAAGCUAGUGAACUUCAGAGCUUUCCCUUAGAGGAAGCCUGGCGUAUGGAAGAUGGCCCCUAAGUGACUACUUGAAGCUUAGGAUUUACGAUUGUUGUAACAAAUAUGUCAAAAGCUCCUUGAAGCCAUAUCAUAGGUUACAUUGUCUUAAUUUUAAUAUGCAAUUAGUGUUUGCUAGCUACCAAAGCCAUUUGGUUCUAAGUCGUCUUCUUUUCAGAUGUGUUUAGGUUUUAUAAUGGCAAUGAAGUUGCUUUUUGUCUUACAGUUUUGUUAUCCCAAAGAAUUGGAUUACAGACAUGUAUGUCUAAAUUUAAUUCAAUAGACUACUACAAACAAAAAGGCUUAUAUGACCUGGUUAAAUCAAUUAAAUAAUGUGGUUUUGUGAAAAUAA